AAUGGGAAAAUAUGAAGAAUCUAUUGCAGACUUGAAUAACACAAAAGUAUUACGAAUGUGCGAAGAAACUUCUAAAUUGCAGAUUUCUAGAAAUUUAAAUUUUAUUGAUAUCAAAUGUAAUGAUUUCUUGUUGACUAAAAUAUGA